CGCACACGAGAGGAGUACGGCACGCAGCGAGGCACAAACCUUAUCUUCAAAAACAAAACCGCGAAACGCCUUCACCUCUCCAGUCAGUUCGAGCGGAUCGCCUCACCGUGCCGCCUCAGCUCGGAGAACGAAUAGAGAGAGAGAGAGAGGGAGAGAGAGAGAGAGAGAGAGGGAGGGAGAGAGAUAGCGAGUGAGCGAUCCAACAGCGUGCUCGUGAAUAGAGAGAGAGAGAGAGACAGAGAAGAGGGAAAAGAAGAACCGGAGAUUUAGACGUUGUGAAUAGCGACAAAAAAACCCUUCCUUUUUUCUCCCUCCUCGCGGUUUCGCCACCGACCCCUUCGGGGCUCUUGGAUGAACCCGAACCCGGCGAGCUCCACCUGGACCCGCUGAGAGCAGCUCCGAACAGAGCAGGCAUGUCCCGAAGAAAGCAGAGCAACCCCAGGCAAAUCAAACGUCCCCUCGACGAUGGUCUGGAAGAAGAAGAGGAGGAAUGUGUGUCAGAUGGAAAUGAGCUGGUGGCUAAAGAUGAGUUCUCCGUGGAGGAAAACUUCACAGCAGACUUUGAGGCAGACAACCUCACCUGUGAGGACAUGGAGUACUUCUGCAACAAAGGAGAAGAGAACAGCAGGAGAGAGAUGGGGGAUACAGACAUGGAGGGACAGAAUGAGAAGACUAGACACCCCCCUUUGGAAUCAGAAGAAUGGGAUGGACCAAGAGAGUUAGACCUACUGAACAAAGAUGGCGAAAGGCGAAUUCACAGCCGUCAGCAGCUUCCUGUAGGAACCACGUGGGGACCAUUUGACGGCAAGAUCGAGAUGAGCACCGAUACAGCCGGCCUGAAGACCAAGGCCCCUGUCCCAGUGGUUUUGAGCUCGGGCCCCAGGUGGCUGUUGGAUGUGACUUGGCAGGGAGCAGAAGACAACAAAAACAACUGUGUGGUGUACAGCAAAGGUGGUCAGCUAUGGUGCACAACCACUAAGACCAUAAUGGAAGGAGAAGAGCUGGUGGCGUUUGUGGUGGACUUUGACUCCCGGCUGCACUCGGUCAACCAUAUGUCCCUGAGUGAGGGCAUGUACCCAGCACGCCUGUUGGACACCAUCCAGCUCCUACCCCAGCAAGCUGCCAUGGCCUCCAUUCUCCCUACCGCUAUAGUCAACAAGGACAUCUUCCCAUGCAAAGCAUGUGGGAUCUGGUUCAGAAGUGAGAGGAACCUGCAGGCCCAUCUGAUGUACUACUGCAGCGGGCGACAGAGGGAGCCAGAGAGUGUACCUGAAGAGAAUGAGGCAAACCCCCACCAAACCCCCAGCAUCUGCCCUUUCCCACAGUGCAACAAGAACUUCAGUAGCCCUCGUGCCCUGGAGAUGCACCUGAACACACACAGUGGUGUCAAAAUGGAGGAUACUCUCCCCCCUGGCACCAGCUUGAAAUGCACAAUCUGUAACUACACAGCAGAUUCUCUCAUUACAUUCCAGCACCACAUCCUCACUCACCUGUCACAGGCGGCCUUCAGAUGCAAUCACUGCCAUAUCAGCUUCCAGAACCACAGGGAACUCUUGCAGCAUCAGGACUUACAUGGCCAUUCCGGAAAGCUUCACAGGGAGAGCGACAGCGAGCACUCCCCGCGGGGGGCGGAGGAGACUCUGCAACAGGCCCGAGCAGAGCUGGCUGCCAGGAAGGACGUUGUCUUGCAAAGUCCCAAAAGCAUGCCCAACAAGGACGGUACCCCCGAUGGAGAGCUGGAGAGAACCGAGAAAAAGCUUGCACUUGGAAUGCAGAAGGGAGAAGGCCACCCAGGUGGCAAGGCUAGUUUCUCUUACACCAGGAUUAAGUCGGAGCCUUCCAGUCCCAGACUGGCUUCCUCUCCAGUUCAGCACAACAUGGGGCCCACCUUUCCCAUGGGCCCAUUUCUGUCACAGUUUGCAUUCUCCCAGGACAUUUCAGUAGUACCACAAGCAUCUGAAAUUUUAGCCAAAAUGUCAGAACUUGUGCAUCGCAGACUACGCCAUGGAGGAAACAGCUACCCACCGGUUAUAUAUAGUCCGCUAAUGCCAAAAGGGGCGACGUGUUUUGAGUGCAACAUAACUUUCAAUAACCUGGACAACUACUUAGUCCACAAGAAGCACUACUGCAAUAGUCGUUGGCAGCACAUGGCAAAGUCUCCAGAUUUCUCAAGUGUUUCAGACAAGGUGAGCCCAAACAGUGGUCACAGUUCAGUAGGGAUGCUUUCUGGAUGCCACUCAUCAGAGAGCGAUAAUCAUCUAAUGCCAUCAGCUUGCUUGAAUUCAUCGGUCUUGGACAUUAUGAAUGCUGGUGGCAAAGUGCCUGAUAAAGAUGUCACUGGACAAGUGAAAAAGGUCACCACUCCAACAGGUGUUGAAGAUAGGCUUAACGGUAAGCAGACAGAGGUCAAAAGUCCUAACACUUCCUUGGGGGAGACAGAGAAUGACCCAAACAAAACCACCUGCGAGGCCUGCAACAUCACCUUCAGUCGUCAUGAAACUUUCAUGGUCCACAAGCAGUAUUAUUGUGCUUCGCGCCACGACCCACCCAUGAAGCGCAUGUCUGCGAACAAGGUGCCCGCCAUGCAGAGGACCAUGAGGACACGCAAGCGUAGGAAGAUGUAUGAAAUGUGUCUGCCAGACCAGGAGCAGAGACAACCACUGGGGCCACAGACUGGAUUUCUAGGUGUUCCCACUUUGGGAAACCCCUGUACAUCCCAAGAAACUGUUGAAAGUCUGGCUGACCGCUUCCAUUCCCGCUGUGAUGUCUUUCCAGGUAUGGUCCCCAAACACCUUGAGGCUUCUCUUACUGUCUCAAAAUCCAUCCUAGCUCCCAAAAGCAAUGCCAUUACUGACCAACAAGAGCUAGAUGCACCAAUUGAUCUCAGCAAAAAGUGCUCCUCAGACAAGACAUGCAACUCGCCCAAAAGACUCUUAGACUAUCACGAAUGCACCGUCUGCAAGAUAAGUUUUAACAAGGUGGAGAAUUACUUAGCCCAUAAACAGAACUUUUGCCCAGUCACAGCUGCUCAACACAACGAGAUUGCCAGCCUGGACCAGCCCGUGUUCCCGGGCAUAAAGAGCGAAGGUAGUAAUCCUGAUGACGUGUACGACAAAAAUUCUGUGAAAUGUGAGAAAAAUAGCAGCACCAAGCUGAUGGUGCAAAACGGCAGCCUGUUCCCUCCGCACCUCGGGCCUGUGCCAGAGCUGAAGGCUUUUAAUGACCUCCAGCUCCUGCCCUCCAAAGAAGAGAACAAGAGCAUGUUUUUGCCUCACUGCCUUUACCCUGGAGCAAUAAAAAAGGUCAAAGGGGCAGAGCCAAUAUCGCCAUAUUUUGGGAUAAAGCCUACUGAUUACAUGGCAGGUGGCACGCUUAAGCAGGGUGAACCCAAUGAGCAAGAACAGGGUACCAACGGAGCAAGCGAAGAGGGCAAAGAACAACCAGCGGCCAACGGCUGCCCUAACCCUGGGAAAGAACCACUGCCCCUACUUCCCAAAAAUAGGGGAAUGGUAAUCAUCAAUGGUGGGCACAAACUGGAUGAGAACCAAGCGGUACCCCCUCAGCAAGAGAACCAGCCCAACAACCCCUCACCAGCUGAAGGGCAAACGUCACCCACAUGGGGCCCUGAAAACCCCCCAGAAUCCAAUGACAAUGCUUCACCCACGUCUAAAUCACCCACCGAGGAGACGCCACCCGUUGCAGCCAAAGGCAUGAAUGGGUCGGCUCAGCCAGCUGGAAGCGGCAAGUACUGCCGCCUCUGUGACAUCCAGUUCAAUAACUUGUCAAACUUUAUCACUCACAAGAAGUUUUAUUGCUCGUCACAUGCUGCCGAGCACGUGAAAUGAAAUCAUGCUUUCCCUCCAUCCCUCCUUUCCCCUUCCUCCUCUCUUUUUGGCUACACUGUCGUGUCUGGAAUAGUGCAUCAUGCAGUUUUAUAUGCUGCUUGUGGACAAUCAAGAGAAGCUUCAUGUUUCGUCAUUUUUCAUCAAGACUUAAAUGCAAAAUCAUUGAGGAAAAAAAAUUCCAAGUGUAAUAUUGGUGCCACUUUCACAUUUAUUUAUUUUACAAUCAGUAUUAAUAGGAGUAGUGAUCUUAAUUUAAACGCAAAGGAAAUUUAUAUCAGAGUUGUUUGUAAUGUUAUUGUAUAGUCAUUCUUGUGUAGCAAACAUUGUUUACACUGUAUUGUAGGUUCAACGAGACAAUAGACACAAUACAAAUCUGAAAUGCAUUUUAGACACAAAAAUAGCUACUGAAGCACUUGUGUAUUCUUAUUUGCUGUAAUUUUUUUUGUUUGUUUAGUUUUUUUUGUUCGUUUAUUUUUGUAUAUGCCUAAAUGUCAUUUGCAGUGUGAUACUCAUGACUUCUCAGCCUUAAAACACUGUAUGGAGGGAAAACCAGGCACAACUCUGCAUCUCAUGUUUUGGCAUAUACAUACGGCUUUGCAUAUGUAUGUAGCUGUUGGUCUCCGUCUCUUUUCUUCGACUCAGAAGUGGAUGUUUUAAUGAGGAUGGCAGCGUUCUUGUAUAGUACUCGUAUUUCAGUUUGCGAUACAUUUUGGUCUCCCUUUUUAAAAUUUGCUCUCAACGCAAUACUUUGUAAAAAAAAAAAAAGAAAAAAGGGAACAUUACUGAAAGCAGUAUUAUGGCAACAGGAA